UCACGAUCACUGGCAGCAGGACGCACAAAGGGAAAGUGUACAGGAUUCUAAACGUGCCACUUCUCAGAAAAUAGCACAGUCAGUCAUAAAUCCAACCCACCUCCGUUUUUUUUAUGUUAAGCAAUAUCGGAAGAGAAUUAUUUACGCUGUGCUCCCAUUCCUGCAGUCUUUGUAGCUUCAGGAAAGCCUGAGGACGAGCAAGAGGAGUGAGUCUUCAGCUAUGGUGGCAACAUCGUCAACCUGUUGAUGCUCCCGUUGAUUUUGAAGAACCGUCGGUUAAGAACUUUUGAGGGUCGUAACGCUGCUGCCGCUUCACCACCUGUCUUGAUGUGGAGAGGUUCUCCCAGCUGGGCACGGACAUCGAUUGCCUUUGACAUACAGCUGAGGUCCGGAGACGUGACACGGAAAGCAUGAUCGAGAUGGAAAAGAGGAAGAAGAGCAGGAAACGUCUUCCACGUACCCGAAGCGACCCCCCACCCCCCUUCCCCCUUCCUGCCGCACAUUGAGCCAUUGGAUAUGUGAACAUGUGUUUGAUGCUGCACAAACAACAUGAAGCUGCCACAUUUUUUGGAGUCCCUCACAACACAAACUCUCAUCCCCAAAACCUUCUCGUCAGAUGUCUUCAACACAAGCGUCCCGUCCACCGAUCCAAACACAGCUGUUGCUCUGCUGGCAGUCGUCGGUAAUGUCAGCCAACAAGGACUCCUGCGCUGCACCUACAAGGAGGACUUCAAACGGAUCCUCCUCCCGGCUGUCUACACCUUAGUCUUCCUGCUUGGCAUCCCACUUAACGGUGCUGUCAUACUGAAGAUAUGGAGGAGGCGGCCCAGUCUGUCCCGCAGCAACAUCUUCAUGCUCAACUUGGCCAUAGCUGACUUCCUGUAUGUGACGUCACUUCCCCUGCUCAUUUACAACUACGGCAGUCAUGACUACUGGCCCUUUGGGGAGUUUGCAUGCAAACUGGUCCGAUUUCAGUUCUACAGUAACCUCCAUGGCAGUAUCCUCUUCCUCACCUGCAUCAGUGUGCACCGCUACAUUGGCAUCUGUCAUCCUCUGGCGAUGUGGCACAAGCAAGGCGGCCCCAGGCUGGCCUGGCUCAUUUGCGGAGGGGUGUGGCUGGUGGUGGCCCUCCUCUGUGCGCCCACGUUUCACUUUGCCUCCAUGGGGAUCCAGCGAAACCGCACCGUCUGUUACGAUUUAAGUACACCAAAGCAGUCUGUUCACUACUACCCGUACGGCAUGGCCCUCACCUGCCUCGGCUUCCUCAUCCCUUUCACGGGUGUGAUGAUGUGCUACUGCAAAAUGGCCCGCAUUUUGUGCCUCCCCGUGUCCUACCAAGGCGUCAACAUCCAGACGAGGGACAAACGUGACAGGGCUGUGAAAAUGAUCAUUGUGGUGGCAGCCGCGUUCUGCAUCAGCUUCCUGCCUUUUCACCUCACCAAGACCUCGUACCUGGUGGUGCGCACGCUGCCUAGUGUGUCUUGCAAGACCAGAAACCUCUUUUCUAUCAUCUAUAAGAGCACCAGACCGUUUGCCAGUAUGAAUAGCUUUCUGGAUCCCAUUCUCUUCUACUUCACUCAGCCACGGUACAGACGGAGCACCAAAAGGUUCGUUCUCAGAGUCACUACUUUCAGGGAUAAGGACCGCUCUGCAUGACUCGACAUGGCCACCAACUUUUUUUCCCCUUAUACAGUAUAGUGAGAAAGGCUUUGGAAAAAAUUAGGAGACCACUGAAAAAUUAUCAGUUUCUCCAAUUUUGUUAUUUCAAGGUACGUAUACUGUAUUGUUUGAGUAAAAAUGAUUUCAAAUAUAAAAAUUGCAAUUAGAAAUAUUGUCAUGUCAUCAAUGAAAAAUACCCAAAAAGGUAUCAUUUUAUUAUUUUGGUCUCUUAAUUUUGUGUGUGUGUGUGUGUGUGUGUGUGUGUAUAUAUAUAUAUAUGUAUAUAUAUAUAUAUAUAUAUAUAUAUAUAUAUAAACCCACCAUUCAGAUGGUGUUUGCCCGUGCAUGAUGCUUACAAUUAAUUGUUGUUUACUUACAAUUGUUCUGACCUGUCCUAACAAGCCUUACAUGUUUAAAAUAGUGUAACCACAUACUAGCUUUAGCAAUAGAAUUCCAUUUUUGUUACAUGAGUUGAAUAUGCUGCAGCUAUCGUUUCACUUGCACAAAACACCCCGAAAGGCUCAAAUCACUGUAAAUGGUCAGUUUAAAUAAUGCACUAGGUUAAAGCCAGUUUUCCUUGCUAGUGAACAAUGUGAACGUCUCGUAAGAUUUUCUCUCCCUCCUGGUGUGCUCUACAACUUUGGAUGAAAUGGUUCUAUGAAGUAUAUACAUUAUAUUGUAUAUUGUGUAACAUUGCAUCAGGUAUUUUAUUGUAAAUUACAGCAACAUGAUAGUGGAUGUUGUGGCAGCAAGAAUACCUACUGUUCAGUAUUAUGUUUUCUUAAACUAUCAAUAUUUUUGUGGCAUUUUUCAAAGUUCUCUCAAAUCUGUCUUUUUUGUUCUUGCCUUUUUCUCCACUGGAUGGCAAUAAGCCUAUCAAAGUACUUUUCUUUUUUUCAAUUUGUGACCUAACAUUUCUGCUUUGACGUUGCUUUUCUAGCACAUUAUCUCAUUAGUUUUGAGCCAUUCCAAUGUACAGCACUUGUUUUAUGAUGCUGUGGCACUUCACGAGAUGAAUACGUUGACUGAUUCUUGCAUUACAAUUUGCCCAUGUAUUGUUAAUUAUGUUCCUAGAAAAUGUCUCACGUCUCCUUUUAAAUAUAGUUUUGUAUUUUUCAAGGUUGACAUUUAUCGUAUAUGAUGCUUAAAGUUGACAUUUUCGAUAAUGCCAUAAGUAAACACUUACGGAAAUAUUGACUGUGUUUAAUGUGUCAUUGUUCUGAACUGUGCCAACACGUCUUUUACGUCUGUAAAAUAGUGUCACCACAGUGAGUUAAAUAUGCUGAUACUUCUGUUUUGCCAGUGAACAAUUUAUUGGAUGUUGUCAAUGCACUGAUUAAACCUGUCACUAUGAAUGCCUUUAUUUCCUCGUGUGUACAGGCCCUUUAAAUUGAUUGAACAGCUGUAACCAAAUGGGAUUUUGUGAGCAAACCCUGAAUGCACAAGACCAAUAACGUCAGAAUGCAAACUUCUAGCACUGUACCCUAUCAACAUUAAAAGUUGCACAAUGCUUUA